AUGAACUUCAAAUCAAUCGCCGUCCUCCUCACUGCCGCUGCAGCCCCUGCGUAUGCAGGUCCGCUUGCCUACGGUAUUUGUCAGACAGGAUGCAACGGCCUGGCCGUUGCUUGUUACGCCGGCGCAGGAUUCACAUUCGGGGUUGCAUUGCCUGUAGCACCUGCUGCAGUGGUUGGAUGCAAUGUAGCCCUGGGGGGGUGUAUGGCAGCUUGUGCCGUCGUCGCGUUGACACCCACUCUCUGA